UGGAAAGUUGUCAUGGUAAUUUGCAAUCAAUAUGGCGGCGUAGAAAAGAAUUCUAUUUCCUGUUUUACAAUUUUCGCAUAAAUCAAAUAUGUAAGGAAUAUUGGAGUAUGUAAAACCCCAGAAAGUAGGACAGGAAAAUCUUUCUACCAUAAAUAUCUCGAAUGAUGGCCUCAGAUUGGGGUAAGAAAGCUACAAGCAGGAUAGACAGGUCACAGUUUGAAAAUGAUGAACUGUUGCAACAACUUGGUACACAGUUUGACGUCAACUUUACAGACUAUGACAAAUGGACGAGGAAAACAAAAACAAGACCAACUGUGAGAGAAGCACAAAGGGAGCAAGCAAAGCGAGCAGCCUCUGCAGAAUCAUGUAGACAUGGGCAGAUGACAUACAGGGAAAAGAAGGUACAUGCCAAACAACAAGAGGAAGAAAAGGAACGUUCAGAACGUAUGAAAAUUUUGGAGCUACGAAUCAAAACCAGGAAGAAGACACUAGAUGAAUAUGAAAAGAGAUAUGCUGAACUUAUUGAACAGAAUAUACUGCUUAGAGAUGAGAUAGAAUCGAAAGAAGAAAACACACUGGACAAUGUCAAAGGGUUGUUAAGAAGAUACGAAAAAUACAGGGGUGGUAUAGCCACAUUAAGUACACAUUUUAAAAAGGAUUACGCCCAGGCCUUAGAAGACUUGGCUGCCGCAGAAGUGAGACUGAAACAAAAAAUGGAAAAGGUUGAACAGGAGGUUGCUGAGGUUGAUUCGAGGUUAAAAGAGAGACAAGAGGAGCUUCAUAUUUUAUUAAAUUAUAAGGAUAAAGAAUAUCCAGUAAAAGCCAUGAAGAUUUCAAACUUACAGAAAGAAAUUCAAAGUUUAAAAAUAUCUAAUGAGGAAGACCAAGAAGAACUUGAACAUAUAACGAGAACGGAGCUGAGUAAAUAUGAACGCGAGAAGCAGAUGACGCAGAACAGUAUUACAAAACAAGUCACAGAAUCAUGCAUCGAAAUGAUGCAUCCAAGUCUAAAGGAGAUGGCAUUACAAAAUAUGGUCAUGAAAAAAGAAAUUGUACUUCAUAAAAAACAGCAAGAGGAGUUGUUAAGAAGCAAUGCAGAGUUGGAGAAGUCUGUCAAACAGUUAUUGCAAGAUCCAAAAACCAACCUGCGACAACAGAUGUUCCCAGAGUUCUUCCUUUAUCAGCAAAAAUGUACCCCAGACAUGGAGGUGGUGCUGGAUAUACCCACACAAGAAUGGCUGCCAAUCUAGCAUAACAUCAAGUGACAGUGGAAAUAGUUUGUGGCCAAUAUUUCGAGUUCAUAUUGACAGAACAAGAAAUGUUUUUUUUCACUACCAUUAAUCAGGAAAGUUACAUCACUACCUACGUUUUGUUUUACAAAGCUACCUUUUAAUCAGUGAAAAGGAACUGUUGCUGCAUUUCCUUGCUUUAUGUAAAAUUGAAUUAGAUCAAAGCAAUGAUAAUUAGCAUAAACACAUUUAACUUAAAAUCCAGGUAGAAACUCAGUUUCAAUUAUUACAGUAUUAAAAUGAAUUACAACACUUUUGGGCAUGCCUAUCACAGAUUAAAGUGUGUCUACUUAUUUUUUUUUUUUGGCAAUUUUUUAAGGAAAAAGUUGCAGCAAAUUUUUUGUUUUAGAACAGUCUGGCAGCUUGAUUUAAUAUUUUUCAUUAUCAAGUCUUUCUGUAUUUGCCAGCCUUCUUUGUCUGGUAUUUUUGUUCAAACUGCUGAAAACUAGCAUUUUAUGUAUUCAUACACGAGAUCUUCUGUGAUAUUAUAGAAAAGAAUAAAGUUUGUAUAUAUUUGCUCA